AUGGUUGCCCGCUCAGUCUUCACUUCGCAGUUGCUUGCUCUUGUCAGCCUGCUUCACCGAUCGACUUUUGCCCAAACAGCCGGCACGUUCGAUUUCCUUACCUACAACGUUGCAGGACUUCCCGCGAUUCUGAACGACAAUGGUGUAUCUGGCGACAAGGAAACAAACUCUGGCACCAUCGGAUCCAAACUCGCAGAGGGCGCGUACGAUGUCGUUCACAUGCAAGAGGUAUGGUCUGACCUGAGAGCUCUUGAUUCUCGUAUUGAUGAACAGAAGGAUUUCAACUAUCACGCCUACAUCUAUGCGACCGACAAUCACCCGUACCGAACGGCGACAUCCGGGGGCGUUCCGUUCGGCAGUGGCCUAAACACCGUAGCCAACUACGAUUGGAGUACUUUCAAUCGAAUCACAUGGAACAGCUGCAAUCUCAACGAGGGCGAUUGCUUGACGCCUAAAGGCUUCACCUUCAUGCGUCUCGAGCUCGCCGAUGGCGCCACUGUUGACUUGUACAAUCUCCAUGCUGAUGCUGGUUCAGACACUGGCGACUCUGACGCUAGACAGGCUGGCAUCGAGCAGAUUCUGGCCUACGUCGACGCUAACUCCGCUGGGCAAGCCGUUAUUAUUGCCGGUGACACCAACGACCGAUACACUAACUCAGAUCGAAGCAUCGAUCUUCUAACAAAUGCUGGAUUUACCGAUUCAUGGGUGGAACUGAUCAAAGGCGGCACCUACCCUACAGCUGGUGCGACAGCUAACCCAUGUGACGUCCCCGCUGCUUCGAACGCCUGUGAAGUAGUAGACAAAGUCCUCUAUCGGUCGGGAAACUCUAUAAGCCUCUCGGCGACGGCGUGGUCUUAUGCUUCUGACUUCUUCGUUCAAGAGAAUGGAGACCCGCUAUCGGACCACAAUCCCGUCCUGGUUCAGUUUGCCUGGUCGACCGCAUAA